CACACACACUGUGAGCUGUUAAAGGCAACAGAUGGCUACUUUGUCUGAUUGACUAUAAUCAUUAAUCAUUCAUCCCGCGGCACUCAUGCAUUAUCUCGAGUCUCCACGUUUUCAGGGUGGCAACCGAGGCAACGCUCUCUCAAUCUGCAAUCUCAUUGGUUGGCCACACGCUCGUCACUCCCCCAUCCGUCGGAAGUGCGUUCUCCUCCUGCGUCUCCCUACAGUCUGAACCCGCCUGCGAGCUCGCGCUAUCGGCCUCUUCCUCACGCCUUUGCUCGGCUUGUCAAGCAGAAGCACGGGCUCGGCGGAUCGGAGAUUUGUUCUCGGAUUAUGCUGCCAUUCCAACCGACCGGAACGACUUGGGACUCAGCUGCUCUCCUGCUUUUUAAAAGCCAACCUCAGGAAUGAGCACUUCUGUGCUUUAUUCGCCAGGGCUGAGCGUAUGUGGGUCAGCAGCGAGUCUAACAGCUUCAACAGCCUUCAGACAAAAGACGGCUGCGAAGUAAUAUUCACGAAUAAAAAGGGUCGUUGUCUCCAUUCUAUGGAGAAAGUGGGCAAGAUGUGGGGUAACCUCAGGAGUCGAUGCCAAGCCCUCUUCCACAACGAUGGCUCAGAGUCCCAUCUGUGUAGCCAGGAUUUAGAUUGUGUCCACUGUGUGGUGGACUUGGACAGGGGAGCACAUGCAGAACCCUAUGAAACUAGGUCUUCCACACCCUCACGGACCUUGUCACCACUCCCACUGGUUCCUGGAGGACGCAGAGGCCAUAACUGUGUGGCAGAUAUUCCCCAGAUAGUAGAAAUCUCCAUUGACAAAGAGAGUGAGGAUGCACGGAGGGGUCCCCUUGUCCGUAGGGACUCCUACACGCGUCAUGCUCCCUGGGGAGGUAAAAAGAAGCAUUCUUGCUCAACUAAAACACAAAGUUCGCUUGAGGCUGACAGGCGAACGGGACGCUCAAGAGGAAGUGCAGCUAGGAGGGAACGUCGCUAUGGAGUUAGCUCUAUCCAAGAGAUUAAUGAUUCUGUAGGAGCUGGCAGCAGUGGGCGCAGCCUUAGCACCCGUUCUCUACGACAGCGACUUCGGGACACUGUAGGCUUGUGCCUUCCUCUUCCCACACACCGCCGCUCUCAGUCAGCCAAAGGCCAGGUGUCCUCCAAACGUAAAAUCCACCUUACUGAACUUAUGCUCGAAACAUGCCCUUUCCCACCUGGUUCAGAUCUGGCCAACAAGUGGCACCUAAUUAAGCAACAUACGGCGCCAGUUAGCCCUCAUUCCUCAACUGCUCUUUUGGAUGCAUUUGAUUCGGCACAUCCAUCCCCUGAGGACGAGGAGGAGAGGCUGCGUGAACGACGUAGACUUAGCAUUGAAGAAGGAGUGGAUCCCCCUCCAAAUGCACAGAUCCAUACGCUGGAAGCAACUUCACAGAACUCUUUACUCUAUAAACUGGGACCAAAGAUGGCUCCUGGUGUUGGGGAAGGACUUGGGGAGGGCAGAAGUCUGGGAACAGUCUCCUCUAUUUCUGGGGGCUUAUCGGGGAUUGCAGCACAGGUUGCAGCGAGUAUGGCAGUGCCAUCCCACACUGUUGACUGUGACUCUGAGGAGGACUCAACUACUCUUUGCUUACAGACACGGAGGCCCAAGCAGAGGCAUGCUUCUGGGGAAACCCACUGCUCCAGACAGCCGGGGCCUUGGAAGGUCCACACGCAGAUUGACUAUAUUCAUUGUUUGGUGCCUGACCUACAGGCCAUAACUGCACUUCCUUGUUAUUGGGGGGUGAUGGACCGGUACCAAGCAGAAGCACUGCUGGACGGACGACCAGAGGGCACCUUCCUGUUACGUGAUUCUGCACAGGAGGACUACUUAUUUUCCGUUAGCUUUCGACGUUACAAUCGAUCACUGCAUGCACGCAUUGAACAAUGGAAUCACAACUUCAGCUUUGAUGCACAUGACCCCUGUGUCUUCCACUCUUCCACAGUAACAGGCCUGCUGGAGCACUAUAAAGACCCUAGUGCCUGUAUGUUCUUUGAGCCCCUGCUCACUGCUCCCUUACACCGGACAUUCCCUUUCAGCCUUCAGCACCUGGCACGAGCUGCCAUCUGCAGACACACCACCUACGAUGGCAUUGGUGCCCUGCCACUGCCUCCAACCAUGCAGGAUUUCCUGAAGGAGUAUCACUACAAACAGAAAGUCCGUGUGCGCUGGCUAGAGAGAGAGCCACCACUCAAGGUCAAAUGAGGUCUGGCUCUGCGCCCGUGAGAGGCAGGAUUGUGGGCAAGAGCUUUGCCGCCAGAGGAGUAUGUGGCUCAUAUUAUCCAUCAUACAGCUGGCUUUAGAUACACAGCAACAGAGGAUGUUAUGAACUUCCAGUAGUUUUUUUCCGGUUAAUACUACACGUGGAAAUCCAUACAUAUGUUUCAGUGCAGUACAUUCUGUCAAGCUAGCUUAUCUGCUGAAGUGUCGAGCAUGCUGGGAAUGAGAUGGUCUUAUUCUCUCUGCUCUUUUUCCUUAUAUCCUCUGGAUCUCCACUAGCCUGCCCGCAUGCCCCCUGCAUUCUAUCUUCUAGAGUUUUACACUAUUUUGAGCAGUAAAACUGAGUGUUGUCACAUUAACUAGCCUCUUUUGUCAGGCAAAUGGAUUAACAGAAGCUUAGUCCAGUGAUUAAAAUAUAAUCAAAUAAUCUUGGAAGUCUUCAUACCUGAAUAUCUGCUACUCUACAAAUUUGAUGUCAAAUAUCUAGUCAAGUACACUACUAUAUGCCUAUUUGCUAAGUCACGGCUAAUGUAUCAGCAAUACCUUCAAGAUACUUUACAGUGACCUCCUACAAGUGUCAAGUUCCCCGAGGCAGCACUUGUUAAGCCUUGUGUACAUGGACAGGAUCACAGAUAUACACGCACCUCUCAGCACUAAGCAUGCUUUAUUUUUAAAAUCGAGGCAGACAGAAGUGAAAGGCAUGAAUUAAUUGCGGGGAGGAAGGGAGCACAGUGCACCAUGUGCCAUAUGAUAGAGAGGACAGAUUAUUUUAAACUAGGCCCUCAUGUAGUGUCAUAUCCCAGCAUAAUCCUUGUUUUAAACAAUCUAUUUUACAAUUUUCUAUUUUUAUCAGCGAUAGUCUAAAAUGACAUAUGGCACUUUAAUUGUUGUUUGUGUACCGCACAAUGACUUAUAGAUUCAAGUACAUGCAUAUAAACAGAUUGUAUUGUUUGUCUGUGUGUUACUUUUUUUUUUUAUGGACCUUAUUCAUAGGAUGUCAAAUUAUCCCCCAUAUUCUCCGCAUGAGUCACCCGAAGUUUGUUAGUGUCAAGUGUCUCUUACCUUGCCUGUGCGUAUGGUUUGUACUCGAGGCUAAUAUGGUUAUAUAUGCAACAGCCGAAAGUGGACCGAGAAAGUCCUCUGUAAAACUUGUAUAGAUACCUCUAAGAUUGUUUUCACUUUAGAUAUUGUUGGAAACCAGACAGAUGCCAUCACUGCAUAUAUAUUUAAUGUUUAUUGGAUUGAUGUCCAGUUAUGUUAUAAAGUGUGAUUGUUCCACUUGAUAAUGUUGCACUUUUAUUCAUUAUGAAGCAUGCAGCUAUGCUUCUUUCAUCAUAAUUGUGUGCACUAGGGAUUGGGAUUCCCUCGACACUGUAAAGAUAAUCUUUUGAUGUGCUUGGUCUUACACAAAAAAAAAAACUACUAAAGUCAACAAAAUCACGCUAAUAUGUUCAAUAUCAGAUGUUCAGUGUUGCAGUGGUAGACUUUCAAGGUCCAAGCAAAUUUCAGACCAUGCUAAAACUGGUGCAGUUUGCAGUAUUUGGGUGUUUGAUGAUCAGCGACCAAAGGUGUGCAUCUCUAGGUUGUUAUUGUGAAUGAGAAAUCUUCCACCAUGCCUUUUGAUUAUUUAUAUUGAGCUCAAUGACUUAAUUAUAGUGUCCGGUUUUCUGGCAGAGUAGCACCCAUUUUGAAGCCAUUUAUUUGAACUGCAAUUAAAUCCGCAAUUAAACUCUUUCAAAAUACACCUCGGUUGUCACUGAAAGGAAGUCAUUUUGUUAAUUUUAGAUUUUUUUUUACUCUAUUUUUCCGCUUGAAUGACCUGAAUAAAUACGCAAAACAACCAUCUUAAAAUUUCUUCCACCCUGCACACUGUAUGCUCUGUAUACAGUCUCACAUUAUGUCAACUGUGUAGUGGUACACGUCAGCUGAUGUCAUCUGCUUUCAAGACAUCAGUUUUGAGACUAAUAUGCCUUUCAUUGAAUUUACAGACAAAAUAGGAGCGCUUGGUCAUAGCAGGCAGUUUCACAACCUCUCCCCGAUCCAUACAUGCUGUAAAAAAACAGCCUGGUUUUAGUUGGUCUUCCAGGGUUUAGGCUGGGAGGCCAGACAGACCAAUUAAAGACCAGCUUAUUCUGGGUUUUUUUGUUUGUUUGUUUUGUUUUGUUUAAAUAACACUUAAAUUUGACAAUUAUUAAUAUGUAGUCCAUUUUUUUUGUGUCGUCAAUGUUUUUAAAAAAAGUACCAUGGUUUUUAAGAUUUGGUAACAUGGUUAUUCCAUGGGAUGUAGACAUGUACCAUCAUAGUGCCAUGUAACAUGGUUCUUCUAUGAUAUUACUGUAACCUGGUACCACCACAGUACGUUUCUGUAAAGAAAUGCACGUAACGCUAACCCGAGGAUAUUUUUCCCCUAUAGCAAAAUGUCAACGAUGCUGAAGGCAUUCAGCAGAAAUUUGCAAAGCUCUUUCCCAUUUCAGGAAUGAGUUCAGAUGAUUUAAGCCGCUGCAUUUAUGACAGAAAGCUUAAUUUCCAAGGGUGUUGGUUCGAGGGCUGUUAAACGCUUAGUGAUAGCCUGGUCCUCACCAAAUCCUUUGGAUUUUUUUUAAACACUGAGGCAUGCUCAUGCAGUCAUUUGGGACUUUGUAUGCCACUGCACAGUGAGCGAGUCUCUCCUGGCAGAGUUACACCCUGCCCUGCCUUACAGGCACUAAUCACAGGCUAAAUUUAAUGUGCUAGCCUCUAAAUUUACCACCUGCUAAAAGGACCACUCUGUUUCUUGAUGGAUGCUAUGAAAAUAGACAAGAGAGGGACUUUUUGCUCUAAUUUUUCCUUUUCCUCCCCAGUCUGACCACAUCCUCAGCAUCACCCUCUUUCUUGGAUAUGUAGUGCUGAAAGCAGUGAGCGUGUUGUUUGUGUAGUCUGGAUACUAGCUAAAGUUAGCAUUAGCAAGAGGCUAACGCACACAGUGCUCCAUUGAGGAACAUUGAGUGCUGCGAGGAACGGGGCUGUGUUUGAAACCGCAGUCGUUAUUUAGUUAAUAGUUUAGAGAAAGUGUUACGAGGGAAGUAACACACCAAACUAAUCCAACAGUGUUCUCCAGUAACUCAGGCCUGGUUUAUUGCGUUUAAAAUAGUGCAAACAAAAUGGUAACGGUGGGACUACAGAAGUCAACAAAGAUUACAGUGAGGAGUCUUGUUUUGAGACUUCUAUGAGCUGCGUCUUGUGCUUAUGGCCUGGGGAUGCUUUGUCCUUGUUUUCAUGGUUAACAACUUGAUAAUUUUGAAACUGCUUCUCUAUACGGAGGAGUCUGAUGUUCUUUCUGCCCUUUUUCCCCAUGGGAAAUUUCUUAUGUCAGCCACUGUAGCACAUACUGACCAUAUGACCAUGUCAAGUACACCCUGCUUGCAAACUAGCCGGUGAAAAAACUGUUUGAUACAUGCACGCAUACUUAUGUACCCAUAAUUGUUAAAUGUUGAGAUUUAUUAUAGAGUGGACUUUAUGCUACAGACUGUGGCAGGGCAGCAAUUGAUCUUGAACUUACUAAUCCUUCUGUUUAGAUCAUAACUCUUUUUAGCUGUACUUUAGUGCCAACGUGUAAAGCUCUGGGGCCUCAUUUAUUAAACAAGCGUAUAAUAGUCCUUAAUAUGAACGCAUGAUAAUUGCAUGAAAAUUUCGUUGCAACAAAAUUUGAAUAUUGCAAAAUUCUGCUUUAUGUAAAUAUGGUCAUUCAUUUUCUCAUUUAGUCAGUUGUUCAAUUUUCAUUUAAAAAUCAUGCUUUUCACUUGGUUUACGUACAAGAACGCUGCCGUGACGGUUUUAGCCUUCAUAAAUCCCAAUUUGUUCCUACGCAGGAUCAAAUCCAUGGACUUUAGGAUUAAAUCUAAACUUACAUGGGUUUUAUAAAUGAGGCCUCUGAUCUUUUCAACUUUGGUGCCAAAAUAUGUUGCGAAAGGAGUUGAAUAGUUUUAUGCAAGCAAAGUAGCAUUUAACGAAUUAUUUUUACAUAAACUGUAUCUCUAAUACACAUUGAGUGUGAUGUAACCAUGGUUGCAAUCUUAUGUCACUUUAAUGCUAUACGUGCACGCUUGUAGCAGUAUGUAUGUGGGCGCUGUGGUGACAGGGCUUGACGAUGAUGGAGGCUAAUGAUUGUCAUUCUGCCUCCUUGACCGCCUUAUACAUUCUGACCAAUCACAACAGCCUUCUCAGCUGCCACAGACUAACCGAUCUCUAAUCCUACAGUAUAUCACCAAAUAUUGUUCUCUGUUACCUUCGAUCUUCUUCUCAUUUUAUAAUCUAAUAUCUGGAUGAAAGAUGUGUUUUUAGAAAAAAAAGAUGUUGAUGUUUUAGUUUUUGUUUUGUUUGUCCUCUGAAUUUUUUCUUUGACUCUGUUUUACUCUUUGCAUAACCUGUUCAUUGUUACAGCCAAUGCACUUGUAGAUGUCACUCUUGGUGCUUUGUGAAUGCUUCAUUGUCUUAAUAUUAUUAAUAAAAUAUUGAGUGUAUUCCAUGCAGUAAAUAGAUAUGAUCACAAAUUGGGUUUCUUUCAUCAUUAUUUUGGUUUUAUACUUCAUUAUUGUCCCAGGUUUACCAUAAGGUCAACAUUGACACUAAUGUAUGUUACUGACCUUUUUGUGCACAGUUCAUCAGUGCAUGUCAUUGUGAAGAAAUAAAAUUAUUCUAAUCAGGA